GUUUUUUUUUUCAGAACAUAAUUUUAACGCGUCAGUCUCGAACUUUAGUCGCAGGCGGAGUGAGCGCGCCUAACCUAAAAACAGAAUAAUUGAAAAUAUGUACGGUUGCAAAGUUUAAAGUGUUCCCGUACGUUGAUUUUAUCGUUCGGAGAUGCGGCCUAGUUUGAAACCGUGGCGGGACUCGGCCAGCAUAAUUUUGGUGGCGAAAACCGCGUUUGCUCCGGCCAAAAAACAAUCUGAUUUCAAUUACAAAUUAUUAUCCAUAAAGAGGAGCUCCAGGUCUGGCUUUAUGCCAGGCACCUAUGUCUUUCCCGGCGGCGCCAUCUGUAAGGCUGAUGUCUCUAGAGAUUGGUUGAAACUCUAUGAAGAUUUCGGUUUUAAGUAUGACUCUUUCGAUAAGCUCAAUCCCAAGGAUAAUCGUCCCAAACUAUUCAAGGAUACAAAUGACGUUGAUCUCCCGAAAUUUCUUUCAUUAAGAAUUGGGGCUAUUCGUGAAACUUUUGAGGAAUGUGGUAUUCUUAUUUGUAGAAGUUAUAAAAUUAAUUAUAAAGAAAGAAUUGCUAGAUGGGGUUCUUUUAUUGAUCUUCCUGAAAUUAAAAAAUGGCAACUUAAAGUUCAUGAUGAUCCAGAAAAAUUUAUAGAGAUGUGCAGAAAAUUUGAAAUAUAUCCUGAUGUUUGGUCUCUUAAAGAAUGGGCUAACUGGGUGACCCCACCAUCUUUACCAAUUCGUUUUGAUGUUGCUUUCUUCCUCACAGCUUUUCAACAAACCCCAGCUGCUUAUGCUGAAGAAAUGGAAGUGUCACAUUUGGAAUGGGGAACGCCGGCUGAUUACUUAACAAGAAACAGAAACGAAGAAAUUUUAUUACCUCCACCGCAAUUUUACGAGAUGUGCAGAUUGAAAAAUUUCCUCGAUAUUGAUAAUUUACUCAAAUUUUCCGGGGAAAGGGCUGUACAUGGCGUUGAAAGAUAUUUUCCAUCAAGAGUCGAUACUAAGGAUGGUUUAUAUUCAAUCCUUCCAGGUGAUGACUUGUAUCCAGAAAGUAUUGAUGAAACAAAUGAUCAAGUUCCAUUCGUUGAUAAAUUACCUGCAAGUCACGUGCAAAAUAGAAUUUUGCAUCGUUCGCCAUACAACAAUGCAGUAUUUACGCUCAAUUUUAAACCUAAGUGUAAUCAUAUACUUCCUUCAAAUUAUCCUGUUAACAAAUUAUAAAUUUUUUGUUUUGAGAUUUCUUAGAUGGAAAUAUAUUUGAUAUUUAUGUA